AUGGCUACAACUCUAUACUUCAGACUUCUUCUCAUUGCUCUCUGUUCAUUAUCUGAAUGCAUUCAGCGCCGCUUUCACCAUAUAAACAUGACGAUGAACUGGACUGAAGCUCAGAGAUACUGCAGAGAAAAAUACACAGAUCUGGCUACAGUCAACAACAUGAACGACAUGAAUCAACUGAUUAAGAGUGUUAAUACCUCUAAACUAUAUAUGCCUAACGUUUGGAUUGGACUGCAGAACACAAGUGUUUAUAAAUGGAAAUGGUCUAUGGGUGAUAGUGUGAACUAUCUGAACUGGAACAAUGAACUAAAGGGUACAGAUAAUUGUGCUUUUAUAAGAAAUGGAACAUGGUAUCCUCAGAACUGUGGUCAGAGGUCAAGUUUCAUCUGCUACAAUGAUAAUCUGAUAUUGAUCCAGAUGAAUCUGAGCUGGUCUGAAGCUCUGAGAUACUGCAGAGAGAAUCACGUGGAUCUGGUUUCAGUUGAUUCAGAAAAGAUUAAGCUCUGGGUGACAACAGUGAUUGACCAGGCCUCUACUGAUGCUGUGUGGAUGGGGUUACACUAUUACUGUUACAUGAACCUCUGGAUCUGGGUACGAGGAGAGGCCGUGUGCUUUCAGAAUUGGGCUCCAGGAAAUGGGACAAAACUGAUGAACUGCAACACUGAACACAGAGCUGGAGCAGUUCAGUCUGGAGGAGACCAACACUGGAUCAGCCUUCCUCAAUCUCACCAGCUCAACUUCAUCUGCAUCAAGAAUCAAGAUUGAAAUCAUAUGUAUAUACAAUUUCCUGUGGAUAUAAAACUUAUUUGUUAGUUAUUAAUUUUUUUGUUUUUAAUUUUAUUUUUGUUCUCUUGCAAUGAGGAAUAUUACAGAUUAAAUACAGCUUCUGACAUUUCAAAUUAAUGUAUUAUAUACUGAUAGUAGUUCGAAAUUGUGUUUUGUGGUAAUCUAAAGUAUAUUUGCACAGGUUUCAUUACAGAUCUUUUUCAGUAACUGUUGAAUUUAAUGUUUUUUUUUGUGAAUAUGCAAAAGUUUAUGAUAUUUACUCAUCACAGGGGAGAUCACUUUUGUUCUGUUUCACGUGUGAUUAUUAAAUAUUAUGAGCUCACAUCAGAGUUGAUUGACAUUUAUUGGUAACACUUUAUUU